AUGCUCUGCUCCUUAGAGAUCGCCGAUGGCAGCCGCUCGUCGUGGAUCACACACGCACGCGGCGCCGCGGCCAUCCUCGAGUCCUACACGCACAUGAUAGACACGCACGUCGCCGACUUUGCUACCAGAUACCUCCGGCCACGGAGUAUUUUCCUAAACACUACCACGGCCGAUCAGCAAGGGGAAGAGUCAUCAGCGGUGGGCCGUCUGGCCAAUCCCCUCCCCACGACCCAUCCGCUCCACAUCGACGCCGUGGCCACCGUCGCUGCCAUCGACCCGCACAUCGGCUGCUCACUCGAGGUGCUCGACAUUAUCGCCCAGACGGCCGAUCUGGCCAGCUUGAAGUGGAGCUGCACUGAUCAACCAAAGCCUUCCCACGUCGCCGACCCCACAAUCACCCACCGCGCCGCCGGCCUCCUCGCCCGCCUCAACUCCUUGCAACAACCAUCAUCAUCAACCUACAAUGACAACGACGCCGACGCCGAUUACGUCCACAGCUGCGCCGAAUCCUUCCGCCUCGCCGCCCUCAUCUACCUCCGCCACGUCGCCGGCUUCGACUACCCCGACCCCUUCCGCUCUUCCUCUUCGUCUUCGUCCCCCUCCUCCUCUUCAUCGUCCUCCCUGUCCUCUUCUUCCUCCGCCUCCGCACGCACCACCCAGCUCCGCGCCGACCUGCGCCGCUUCUUCACCCUCUACACCACCCGCAUCGUGCGGCGCGGCAUGCCGCGCGUGCUGUUCCCCGUGUGGCCGCUGUUCGUGGCCGGGUGUUUCGCCGAGGAAGACGCUUUCGCUUCUGCUGCUGCUGCCGCUACCGUCGGUGGUGGUGGUGGUGGUGGUAGCGUUGGUGAAGGAGGAGGUGUUGGCAGUGGUAAAGGAGAAGGCGGCUACUAUUACUCGGAGCGCGCGGUCGUGAUGGACGUCUUCGCGACGUUGGAGGAGACGUGGCCAGUCAGCAACGUGCCGGUGGUGCGGGCGGCGGUGGAGACGGUGUGGAAGGAGAGGGAUUUGAGUGUGGGGUGUAGGAGGAGGGGGAGUGGUGGUGAGGGUGGGGGUGGGAGGGGGGUGAGGGCGGCGGCGUGGAAGCGGGCGAUUGAGGCUUUGGGGUGGAAGUUGGCGUUGUCGUGA